AUGGGUUACUGUUCUCACUUAAUCCGCCGGUUGUCUCAGCAAUUCUGCCAGCCCUUCACACCUCGGCCUAUCUCUUCCAUUUUAGUUAUCAUUGGCGCCUUUCCAAACCUUUCUGCCUCACGAGGUUUGUGUGGAUUUGGUGACUUGGGCUUGGCGCAGCUGUUUGGCUCUGUCAAGCUGUCCAGACGACGCUGUCUAGGGCUCCCGCACGUCGAGAAAGUGGCGCGUUUGGCGCAGCAGCACAGCUGCUUCUAUGACAGUCUUGAACGGGUUGCCCUCGAGAUGUCAGAACUUGAAGUCUGCGAGUCGCCCCAACCGAGGCUAGAGACCAUAAUUGCUUUUUCUUACAAGACGGAGCAUUGUUUCGGAGUGGGUGUACACAGUGACGCUUGGUUUUCGGUAUCGAAUUCGCUUCACGACUGA